UGCAGUAUUCAGACAGCGUGUAGCGUGCUCCACGGCAGAUGGCGGUACAACCCCUUCAGCUCAGCACUGAGAAGAGGAAUGUACGGAUUUACCUCCACUCUGGGCAGCUGUUGGGACCUCCUUGUCUAAGGAAUGCGUAUGGAAUUAUAAAGGAAGAACUAUUAGACAGCGAACAGUCUGUCGUUUGCUUUACCGGACAACUAUGAAUGAGUUUUUCGACGUUUUAUAAGGUGCAAUUACGGGACGCGACACGGGCUUUGGCCUCAUUAUGUGUGCCUCAGUAAAGUACAGCUCUCGGGGCCCAGCUCUGAUACCCCGCAUGAAGACCAAGCACCGCAUCUACUACAUUACCCUCUUCUCCGUCGUGUUGCUGGGGUUGAUUGCAACUGGGAUGUUCCAGUUCUGGCCACAUUCGAUUGAGUCCUCCCCAGAAUGGACUCUUGACCGUCGCAGUGUGCACGAUGCUCCACUGGUCAAGCUGCCUGUGUCCAGCCCUAUUCCUGAGCGGGGAGACCUCAGUUGUCGCAUGCACACCUGUUUUGAUGUCUACCGCUGUGGCUACAAUCCCAAAAACCGGAUUAAGGUGUAUAUCUACCCUCUCCAGCGGUUUGUGGAUGAGGUGGGAGUGCCUAUCAGCAGCACUGGUCUAUCCCGGGAAUAUAAUGACCUGCUGAGCGCCAUCUCGGACAGUGACUUUUACACGGAUGAUGUCACGCGUGCAUGCCUGUUUGUCCCAUCAAUUGAUGUGCUUAACCAAAAUUCCCUGCGUAUCCGGGAAACGGCUCAGGCUUUAGCUAUGUUACCCAGGUGGGACAAAGGGAUGAAUCACUUACUCUUCAACAUGUUACCAGGGGGACCUCCAGACUAUAACACAGCGUUGGAUGUGCCCAGAGACAGAGCUUUACUAGCUGGGGGAGGUUUCUCCACAUGGACCUAUAGACAAGGCUAUGAUGUCAGCAUCCCUGUGUACAGCCCAUUGUCAGCAGAGGUUGACCUUCCUGAAAAACAACCAGGGCCCCGUCGCUACUUUAUCUUGUCCUCUCAGACAGCCAUUCAUCGAGAGUACCGCACAGAGCUGGAGAGACUAAAAGAAGAAAACGGAGAAGCCCUGCUCCUUCUAGAUAAGUGCAGUAACCUCUCUCAGGGCAUGGCCUCGGCCAGGAAACGCUGCUACAAGGGCCAGGUGUACGACUACCCCCAGAUCCUACAGGAGUCGUCUUUCUGUGUGGUGCUGCGUGGAGCUCGACUUGGGCAAGCCACUCUGAGUGAUGUGCUGCAGGCAGGUUGUGUUCCCGUCAUCAUGGCAGAUUCCUAUAUUCUGCCGUUCUCUGAGGUGCUGGAUUGGAAAAGGGCAUCCGUGGUAAUUCCAGAAGAGAAGCUACCAGAGAUGUACACAAUUUUAAAAAGUAUUCCUCACAGACAGGUGGAGGAGAUGCAGAGACAGGCUCGCUGGUUCUGGGAAGCCUACUUCCGCUCCAUGAAGGCCAUUGGUUUGACCACGUUGCAGAUCAUUAAUGAUCGCAUUUACCCCUAUGCAGCCCGUACAUAUGAAGAGUGGAACAAUCCUCCAGUUGUGAAAUGGUCGAGUGUGAGUAACCCACUUUUCCUUCCACUGAUCCCUCCCCGAUCACCGGGCUUCACUGCUGUGGUUCUGACUUAUGACCGUGUGGAGAGUCUCUUCAGGGUCAUCACUGAGAUCUCCAAAGUUCCCAGUCUGGCCAAGCUAUUAGUUGUGUGGAACAACCAGAACAAGAGCCCACCUGAAGAGUCUCUUUGGCCGAAGAUCGCUGUACCCCUCAGAGUGGUGCGCACCAAGGAAAACAAGCUCAGCAAUCGCUUCUUUCCUUUUGAUGAGAUCGAGACAGAGGCAGUAUUAGCCAUAGACGAUGACAUAAUCAUGUUGACUUCAGAUGAACUGCAGUUUGGCUAUGAGGUGUGGCGUGAAUUCCCAGACCGACUGGUGGGAUACCCUGGUCGACUACACUUGUGGGACCACGAAAUGGGAAAGUGGAAGUAUGAGUCUGAAUGGACUAAUGAAGUGUCAAUGGUCUUGACUGGAGCUGCGUUCUACCAUAAGUACUUCAAUUACCUGUACACAUACAAGAUGCCAGGUGACAUUAAGAACUGGGUAGAUGCUCAUAUGAACUGUGAAGAUAUCGCCAUGAACUUCCUUGUAGCCAACAUCACAGGAAAAGCUCCCAUAAAGGUGACUCCUCGUAAGAAAUUCAAGUGUCCAGAGUGCACAGCGAUAGACGGUCUGUCCUUGGACCAGACACACAUGGUGGAGAGGUCUGAGUGUAUCAACAAAUUUGCGUCUGUGUUUGGCACCAUGCCUCUCAAGGUCGUGGAACAUCGUGCUGAUCCAGUGCUGUAUAAAGACGAUUUCCCUGAGAAGCUCAAGAGUUUCCCCAACAUUGGCAGUCUAUGACAGGACCCUGCCUCUGUUAUUUAUGCCUUUGGCUUAUAAGCCAGGUUGCAGAUGCUCUAGCACUCACUGACACCCCCCCCCCCCCUCUCUGUAAGAUAAUGACUCUUUAAGAGUGAAGUUCUGUUUGAUAACGCAGUAUAGGGAAAUGUGCUGUUUUUAUCCACAUGCUCUUUCUUGAAGACGGACUUCUAAAGCAACUGGGAGGAGCAGUGAGCUGAACUGACUAAUGGAGUGGACUUAUCAUGGAUGCAGUUUACGGAGAAAGUUGGGCUUCAUUGAAAACCAGUGCUGUAGGCUUUGACUGGGAGUAAACAUGUUGACUUUUUCUUAGAUUCCCAUAGAGAGCAAAUAACUCUAUGAUUGCGAUUGGAAUAACCUCACGUCUCCAAAGAAAUGUCUUUACUGGAGAAGGAAAAAACACUUUUAACUUUCGAUAAGUUAAUGUAACAAGAUUGUAUUUUCAAGUCAUUUCGGAACAUAUUGUUAUGAAAUUUUUUGGGACAGUGCAAGCAGGAAGCCGGUAAAUUACCUAAAAACGAUAGAAACACAUGAAGAGGUUGAAAAAUGUAGAGGUUAUUUUUUAUGCAGUGACGAUAUACUGACCGGAACUGUAAUAAAACAUCUAAGCAAUGUCCGAGACAGCAUAUCAGACCGGAGUCAUCGUAAUUAGUGAACACAAAAGUAUAUUAAAAUGGAAUAUAAUUCAAUAUGUUGGACAUACAUCAUGGAUGAAGUAAUUGUGAGGGAUGUAGUAAAAUUUUAAAAAGAUGUUAUUUCUCUCUUUGGUUAGUACAGAGUUGUUGGUGAGAGUACUUUCUAUAAUGCUUCGUUGUCUGUUGGCUUGUCCCACAUUUUUAUGAAAGACUGGAAGAUGCUCACUUGUUUCUGUCAAGGCUAGCACAGUGACAACCACACAGGGUCUAAAAAAAAUCAUGAUUGAAUGGUUCCUAGUAGUCAUUUAGACAAUUUUGAGGCACACACAGAUGAUCUGUGCUUCUGGUUGUUAUCAGAGAUACUGCUGCCAGUAUUUAUAUGAUGUGUUCAGAAAUAGUAAUGUAAUAUAUCUGUGUAAUUUAUCUAACAGUUAAACCUGUUUUAAGAAUAUGCAUUUAAGACAUUGUGGGGUUAAGAAACAGAAAAGAUGUUUGGGGCAGGACAUGGGUCCUGUGCAGUAAACACUAGUCCUGAAUCAGUCGCAACAUUUUUACAUUGUUUGAACUGUCAUUUUAGUCAAUGAACGUGGGUGAGUACUCGAAGGAGUGUUUUGUCUGCCGCAGUUUCUCCAUCUGUUUCAAGUAGGAAGCCCAUGCGUUAAGUCACACUUCUUUCUGUGACUGCACUAAGAUGGUCUAAACCUUAUGUUCUGUUGAAUGUUCUUUGAUGCAAUCUGAUUGGGCCAUAAAAGAACAUCUCUUACUAGGGACCUAUCUACUUUGUCAAAUAGAUGUUGGGUUUUUUUUAACUGUUGUGUUGUCUUUUUUGUUUUAAUGUCUAUUUCGUGUAAUAAAUGGGAUUUCUAAAACAUAUAA